AUGAGUUGAAAUGUUGCUGCUUUUCCAUAAAAAUGGCAGCCUUUAUGUCGUAAGCUUUUCUUUUCGGAAAAGUUUUAAUACAGUUUAUUGAAAUUUAUAAUGCUAUGCGUUACGUUUUCUUCGUUUAAUCGGUUUUCUAAAAAGAAAAAUAAUUAUUAAUAUUAUAAAUUACUAUGAUCUUCGUAUUUUUAGUGGCGUAGAGACUAAAAUCAAAUGUUAGAUAAUUCGAACGAAGAUCAAACGAGUACUUCGAGUAUAGUACAAGAAGGUAAUAUGAGCGCUGGCACAGCGUCAUUAGAACGUGAGUUAACAAGUACGCGACGGCUAUUGUGGGGGAACAAUGUCAAAGAAGACGUGUUUAGGCGCUGGGCACAGGGCUUUCAAUUUAGUACUGACGAACCAAGUGCUCUCAUCCAGCAAGAAGGAGGACCAUGCGCUGCCAUUGCUCCUGUACAAGGCUUUUUGCUAAAAAUUCUUCUCUCGGAGACUCCAGGUCACACUUUACAUGACUUGACCUCGGAGAAGUGCAAUUCUCUUUUGGUUAGGGCUGUGUGUAUGAUAUUAAGCCAGUGUUUAGCUGCUAAAUACAAUGUUGCAGUUUACCGCAAAGGUGAGGCAGGAACAGAAGGCAGUACCAGUGUGAAUGUCAGUGUAGAUGAACAGUCUUUUGAUGCUAUUGAAAACUUUCAUAGAAGACUAGAAGUACAUUCAUUUCAAACAUUAUCUGAAGUAGAAUCUUUUUACAAUCGAAAUAUCCGAAUUCUAAAGGAUAAAUAUGGUGUUCUGCUUUUAUUGUAUAGUGUCAUUCUUAGCAAAGGUGUAGAAACAGUGGAGGCUGAACUGUCAGAAUUAUCAGAUCCAUUAAUUCAUUCCACCUAUGGAUAUGGAUCACAAGGACUUAUAAAUCUUAUGUUAACAGGACGGGCUGUGGCCCAUGUGUGGGAUCAUGAUCAAGUUGUUGGUGGACUUCGUUUAAGAGGAAUUGAAAAGCAAAAUGAUAUUGGUUUUCUUACCAUAAUGGAACAUAUGCAAUAUUGUACAGUUGGCUCAUUUUAUAAAAAUCCAAAGCAUCCUGUUUGGGUGUUAGCUUCCGAAACCCAUUUGACUGUACUUUUCUCUAUGGAAAGACGCCUUGCUGCACCAGAAACGGCAGGAGAAUCUGCAGAGCGUAUAUUUAGAUCUUUUGACCCGGAAGGUAAUAAUUUCAUACCAUCGGCUGCCCUACAAGAUGUCUUAUGUGCAGCAGAUCUUGUCAGUGAACCAGAAUAUGUGGAAUUAAUGAGAAGGAAGCUUGAUUCUGAGAAUCUAGGAAUAAUAUUGUUGAGUGCAUUUAUGGACGAGUUUUUUCCUGGCUGUGAGCGUGGUGCACCAGACACAUUCACGUUACACCACUAUAAUGGUCUAUCUCGAAGCAACCCUGGAGGCAGAGUAGUAUUCAGAACUGGAAGAGCUGCAUUGCUUGAGUGUCCAAUGCGAGCCGCAACUACAGACCCUAUGCUUACCUGUCUACAGACCAAGUGGCCUAGCAUUGACAUUGUGUGGGAUGACGGGCACUCACCCUCCUUAAAUUAGCACCAUGUUCAGACUUGUAGUGACAAAGUGACAUAAUGUUAUAUUAUAAUUUAAAAUAUGUUGCCGAAAAUUCCAUUACUUUAUUGUAUUGUUUUUGUACAGCAAUUAAUGAACUGAAGGUCCUAGGAGAAACUGUCACUUAAAGCAGCUAUUUUCCACGAACCUCACUAGUUUCUGAACGCUGUUAAAAUGGAAGGUUUUUAUGCAGAAUUUCAUAAUUUACCUUGUGUGUUACUCAGCUUUGUUACAUACACACAGGUCUCCAGAGGAUACUAAUUUGUACUCCAAAUCUUAUACUUUAUUAAUUGUACAUUUUCAUUAUAUAGAUCAUAGAGCACCUCUAGUAUUAAAUUUGUAUGUGGUUAAAAUAAGCAAUAAUAUAGCUGGCCCUUAGUAAACAUGUAAAAUGUCUAGACAUUUAUUAACUAUGAUAAUAAUCAUUACAAUAUGUAUGGAAUUGAUCUUAUUUUUGUAUGAAAUUAAAGAAACAUUCAGUAUAAAGAUUGUAAUGAAAGGCAAUUGAUCAUUCGAACAGUUUCCUCUAAUUAGGUAAAACACCGUUUGGAUUUUCAGAGCAGGUCAU